AAACGCGACGCCGAACAAGUCCCGGGGAACAUUUUGCGGACAACUUGGUAGAGUUUUUUUUUUGUUGUUGUUGUUGCUUGGAACGGUCGGGACGGGACCGGGAGGCGGAAGAAAGAAACAAUCUCCCGCUUCCCUCACGAUGGCGAAGCGAGGAUCACGUGCUAUUGGUCGAGGUGGGGGGGGGGGUGAUAUCGUGCAUGCGCUUUCUUGGCGUGCACGCGCGCUGGCUCGAUCGAUGCAAAGGAGAGAAAGAGCCCGUGGGGCCAGGCUUUGGCGUGGCUCCCCUUCGGCCUCCAUUAUUUGCGACUUUGCCUCGACGGAGCAACAGUUUUUAAGGAGUGUUCUGUCUCUCUCUCUCACCGACACCGCACCGGCCCACGUUGGCUAACACGGCCGCCAUCGAGGCCACGAGGCGGGCCUGGCGGAGCCGUGAGGUGAGGCAUUUGAGGAAACUGCAACUUUCCCAACUUGAAUGAAUUGAAUCCAGUGAUGCCCGCGACACACUCCGGAGCUGUAUCCACAGAGAACCAGCGUGAUGAGGAGGGGUUCCCAGCUAACGUCCCCACCUCAGGCCCCGCCGUCGCUAUCCCUUCUCCCACCUCGGCCGUCUCCAUGGCGAGUAAGGAUGACGGAGCGACGGCCCUCCACUCCCCAGCCGAGGGCAGCCCGGCCAGGCCCGCCACGGCGUCGCCCACCGUCUCUGGGACGAGCCCGGCCGGCUCGCACGUCGCCUGCGCGUCCAACUCUGCGGCGUGCGCCGUCGGCGUCACGAAAUUGGCGGUGGCAGAAUUCGUGCGCCCGCACCCGAACGCCGAGCUCCCCAACACGCUGACGUGCAAAAACGUUCGCGUGAUACUGGAGAACGACCGCGUCUGGAAGCAAUUCCACAGUUGCGGGACGGAGAUGAUCCUCACCAAACAGGGCCGCCGCAUGUUCCCGUACUGCCGCUACCGCCUGGCCGGACUUGACCCGGACCGGCGCUACGGCCUGGUACUCUCCAUCGUACCCUCAGACAAGUACAAGUACCGCUGGAACUCGCCCAAGUGGGAGGUGGUGGGGCCGGCGGAGCACCAGGCCCAGGUUCCGAGGCGAGCUUUUACUCACCACAAUUCGCUGUGCCGCGGCUCGGACCUCAUGGGCGGCAUGAUUUCCUUCUACAAACUCAAAGUGACCAACAACCCCCAAGACUUAGAGGGCCACAUCGUCCUCACCUCCAUGCACCGCUACAUCCCCCAGCUCCACGUCAUCCCCCUGCCCGACGACAUCAGACCGCCGCUGGUCAUCGGACCGGAGAGCAUGACGUUCACCUUCCCGCAGACGGAGUUCAUGGCGGUCACCACCUACCAGAAUUUUCUCAUCACCCAGCUGAAGAUCAACCACAAUCCUUUCGCCAAGGGCUUCAGGGAGGACCGGGCCGUGCCGCGUGUGGGCAGCGGCCUUGCGGGGAUCCUGCAGUUCGUGAUGGUUCCGCCUGAGGAAAGACCGGAAAGAAAACCCGAAGAUGAAAGGCCUCCAAGCCCCGACUCCGCUUCCCCCCCGACCGAGCCGGAAUCCAAACUGGUCCUGAAACCCAUCACAUUCACCACGACCGCAAACCAGGAACCGAUCGCCCUGCGCAUGGACGGCAGACAAGGCCUCAAAGAUCUCGUGCUCACACCUAAAUGUCCGCUGAAGACGAGCGGCGAAGACGACGGCGGCGGCGACUCGCCUAAAAAGCGACUGCACAUCGAAAGCCAGAAAACAUCCUGCAUCAGUUCUGUGCCCAGCGUGCAGCGGCGCAGCAGUCGGAGGGGGCAGUGGACCAGAUUCGACGGUGGAUGGAAAUCGCCGACCGCCUCGCCCGCAUCACGCAGCCCGCCCUCAAUGAGCAUCACUGCGGUGGAUGAAGUCGAGGGCCUCACUUUUUUAUCAUUCGACACCAGGGAAGCUCUGGAGGAUCACAUCCGCGCCACGGCAGCCGCUAAGACGCAACUGGCGUCGCCCGAUUCCUCCUUAACGACUCCCACUUGGCCAAUGGAAACUGAUGAGGACAUUCAAGAGACCAGUGAGAAGAUCUUUCGCCUGGAGGCCAUCUUACUACAGGAACUCAAAGUGGCCAAGCACAGACAAGUGAUCCACCCUGCGCUGCAGGAGGUUGGCUUAAAGUUGAGUUCCCUGGACGUCAGCAUGACCGUCGACUUGUGCUACCUGGGUGUUUGCCUGCCACUUCCACCCCUCAAGCUGCCAACGCAGGACCGCGAAAGUGAGGGAUUGCCUUUCAUCUCCCGAACAGGAAAAACGAGUGACGUGACCAAAAUUAAGGGUUGGAAGAACAAGUUUGUCCAAAGCAACCAGCCAAGCGAUGCCCCCCAGAAGAAUCUGUCGGCCUUCUGCAGCAACAUGCUGGAUGAGUACCUGGAGAGCGAGGCCCAGCAGAUCAGUGAGCGCGCGGCCGCCUUCUCCGCCAGCCCCGAUGGCGCCGUGUCCUACCAGCUGCCCGCCAAGGGCGCCAGCUACGUGAAGACGCUGGACAGCGCCCUCAAGCACCGCAAGAGCAGCACCAGGACCUGCCCCCUCGCCUUCAACCCUCUGCUUUAUGCCGCCUUGACAUCGCCGGCUCCACACCUUCCGACAGAUGCGACCGCUGCCGCUUCUACCUCUCAUCCAGACAGACCGGUGCAGGCUUCCGGGCUCAAGGCGGCCUUCAAAUCGUCCACCCCAGCCAAAGUCCAGCAGAAACUGUUGGAGAUGGAGGACGAUGUCGUCGACCAGGUUCGCUCAGUAAUGCAGCUGACAUCAGAGAGAGUCUCAGCCUCUCUAGCUGUCGUGACUGAAGAGUGUCAGGAAUCCCCCCCGCAUCUGACUAAGAAGGCGGCGGAACCGGAAUGCGGCCAGGAGUUCUGCCGACUGGGCUGCGUGUGCGUCAGCCUCCGUUAUCCCGCCGUGAGCCGGCACCACUGCCAGCGGCCGGAUUGCAUGUUUGAAUGCGGCUGCAACCAGACGCCACAAGAUGGUGGGGAACACAAUGAUGGGGAGCGCAAGCCCCGUUCAUUUAAACUGUGGAAUCGCAACAUUUUUGAUAAAGAUCCAGAUCCAGUGUUUGUAGCUAAAACCGAAAGUGUGCCCCCUGAACAAUCCAGCAGGUCACAUCCAGCGUCUCUCAAGCAACAGAUGAAGGAAGAGGAUAAGGAUCCGGUGUACAAGUACCUGGAGAGCUUCAUGACGUGCGCGCGGGUGCGUGCGUUCAACAGCAAGCAGUCGUCUCAGUGCGCCAGCGAACCCAGUGACGUUCCUGUGCCAAAUAAUGACAACCAGGACCAGGAUCAACCCGCAGCAUCCCAAGUGAAGCAGGUCAAAAAACAAAUCGAGAUCCAGUCGGUAUGUCGCUGGGGGGCAGAUCGAGAGACGGUUCUUGAGACUUUGUGUAAGCACCUGAAUCAGGAUAACAUGAAGGAGCCCUUCAGCAUCGGACCAUAUUACAUUCGCCCGAUCACCAAAAUCUUUAUCAACAAACCAAACGGGUCCAGGCUAACCUAUCGGGUACGCAUCAGUCGACCCGGAAGGGUCAGCGUUGGGAAGGAGGAGCCGAGCCCGAUAGGAGUCAAGCACUUCCUGGGUGGCGUGUUGCCCGCCGGACUGAUGGUGGCCAGAACCAAGCCAGUUAGCAGACAGUCUUCUGAACUCAUAAAGGUGAACGGCAAAAUCUAUAACCACGUCAACCUGUUGCUAGGCAGCAUGGGUUCACUGCACCCGGCCAACCGGCUGGCGGCAUAUGCCACGGGCAGGCUGCAGCCUCGCACCGACCUCGUCCGCCGGGCGGACCGAGUCGCCGGCGCCCCCGCCGCACGCAAAGUCGACGCCAAACCCGCCGCCGCCAUCGCGUGCAAAGUCGACCCCAAACCUGUCCAUCUAAACUUCAAGCCGACCGGCACAUUACUGCCCCUGGUGGUGUUGCCGGGUAACUGCACUGAUUUCAAGACUUAUCCGUUUUUUCAAUUGCUAAAGCAGCAGAGUGAGAACACAGAAACCAAAAGUCCAACAUUGGGGCAGCCGAUCCCGGUCGCCCCCGCCAACCUCUUCCAGCGGAUGCCCCGCUCGCCCGUCUCCCUCACAGUGUCGCCCUCCUUAAAGACGCCCAGCUUCUUGCAUCAGCAAGGCACCUACUCCUUCAGAAUCUGCCCGCCGUCCGGUCCGAGCCAGAAGGAAAAGAAACGGGCCAGCAUCGGCCUGCCGGGGGGCUUCACCCUCCUUCAGAUACCCAAAACACAGCCGCCGAAAGAAUCACAAAGCGAUGCACCUCAAGAGGUGACGUCGGACGUGAAAGUCCCGGUCGCGGUGAAUGAAACCAGCAUGAUGAAGGACGAGCACCUGAUUAGUUCUUCAGAAGAUUCUUACUCCAGCUACGCUGAUAGUAGCGGGGACCGCGACAGUGAUGCGGACGGCUUAGUGGACGUUGAGAGCAUCGACCAGGCCAAACAGGAAAUGGCCAUCGCGAAUCUAAAGGAAUUGGCCCAAAAUAUAACAGCUGGGAAGAGCACGGAGGUUGUCCGCGACAUGAGGAAGCGCAAGGACCACUCUGUGAUGGAGAAGCAGCGUCGCUUCGAGCACCGCACGCUUUUUGACGAGCUGCAGAACGUCCUGGGCGAACAAGGCGGUUCCAGGCUCCAUGUUCUGUCAAUGGCUUUGAAAGAAAUCCAGACGCAGAGGGCGCUCGCCAAAGAGCUGUGGGAGAGGAAAAAGGAGCUGAUGCAGAUCCAGGCACUGCAUUUGAAGAAGUUGUCUCGCUUGUCUGGAAUGCCUGAGGAACUGAUCAAACGCAAUUUGAACACCGUUUUCAGUGGCUUAAAGGACAAAGUUGGCUCCAACGCAGAGCCUGCCGUGACAUGUCGGUACCAGUCCGAUGACCAACCUACCGAUGAUUCUACCGAACCCCCGACCCGAGUCCCGAUCCCGGCCCCGGCCCCACCACCGCCGCCAUCCAAGCCAUCCCCACCGGUCCUCCCACCAGAACGGUCGGAGUUGCCCGCAGUACAAAAACCCCAGCCUGAAGCCCCGCCGUCACGUCCGCCUCAAGCGUCCCACGACGAACCGACGAUAUCGCCACCUCCUCUGAAUCCCCGCCCAAGAACGCGCCAAGUGGCACCAGCGCCACCCUCCAAAAUGAUGGUGAGGCAGCCCACACAACAAUUUACCAUCCCCCUGGUUCGCUCGAAGACCGGCAGGCUCAUCCUCCCGUCGUCGAUGAGACCUGCCUCUGUGCCUUUAAUCCAAUCAAGUCAAUUAAUUAGGCACAAACGGCACCAUUGAUGUAAUCACGAGGCUCGGGCCCAGGCGACAGGCGGGCCUCGGGCUAAACCCCCCUUUAGGAGAUUAAGCCUCCACAUGUCCCGC